AUGGAGGCAGAAGCAGCCCUCGGCAUCGACCCUUGCUCCGAUGACAAGGAGCUCAAGAAGCAGCUCCUCAGGAAAUACAGCGGGUGUUUGGGCAACCUGAGAAAGGAGCUGUGCAAGAAGAGGAAGAAAGGCAAGCUCCCCAAGGAGGCCCGGCAGAAGCUGCUCAGCUGGUGGGAGCUGCACUAUCGAUGGCCCUACCCCUCGGAGAUGGAGAAGAUCGCACUGGCGGAGUCGACGGGGCUGGAGCAGAAGCAGAUCAACAACUGGUUCAUCAACCAGCGGAAGCGGCACUGGAAGCCGUCGGAGGAGAUGCAGUUCGCGGUCAUGGAUGGGUUCCACCCGGCGCUGCCCAACGCCCCCGCGCUCUACGUCGACGCACGCCUCGUGGGAGCAACGCCGGCGAUGUUCUAUGCCCGGCCGGAGCAUGGGGCUCAUGGCCUCUGGCACAAUUGA